AUGGCUUCUUCUAACCCUAACAGACACUGGCCAAGCAUGUUCAAGUCCAAGCCUUGCAGUAACUCCCUCCACCACCACCACCAAUGGAAGCUUGACAAUAUCAACUCCCCUUUCAUCUCGCCUUCAAGCUGCCACAGAACCUCUUACACAUCUGGAGUUGAGGAGGAGAGAAGUGCAGAGCCGAAGCCAAGAUGGAACCCAAAACCAGAGCAGAUUCGGAUACUAGAAGCCAUAUUCAACUCAGGGAUGGUGAACCCUCCAAGAGACGAGAUCAGGAAGAUCAGAGCCCAACUCCAGGAGUAUGGCCAAGUCGGUGAUGCCAAUGUCUUCUACUGGUUCCAGAACCGUAAAUCCAGAUCCAAGCACAAGCUUCGUAAUCUCCACAACUCUUCUAACGCCCACCAAACCCAAAACUUAAGCAAUUCCACUCACAAAGAAAUCAUAACACCACCUAAUAAGGCAUUUGUGUCUAAUAUUGUCUUUUCCGAUGUCUCUUCUGAUAUUGUAGUUCCCAUUUCUUCUGCCCCGCGGCCACCAACACCGCCAUCUCCAACUCCGCCUCAGCCUUUCUUCUUUAUUCCUGGGCAGCAGAAUGGAGGAGCUGGAACAGCGGCUAAUAGUGCUGUUCCUGCUCCUAUUACACAAGGUUUUUGCUUCUCUGAACUAUCAAGUGUGGUUCAACCUGAUGGUCCUCGUGAUCAUCAUCAACAAAUCAAUGUUGGGUCUUGCACUAAUAGUCUUUUGCUUAACGAAAUCAUGAUCCAUUCAUUUUCCAAGAAUGACCAAGAGAAGGUUAUUAUGCAAAUGCAACAACACCUUCCAACCACUCACACUACUGUCCCUCCCGCCACUACCACCACUGUUACUGUUCCAUCCCCCAUCUCUCAGAUUCAAGGGACGGAAGAGGGCCGACCUGGUGCUCCGAUGAAAUCCACGGUGUUCAUUAACGAUGUCGCAUUCGAAGUGGGUGUGGGACCCCUCAACGUGGGGGAGGCCUUCGGCGACGAUGCGGUGCUCAUCCACGCCUCCGGUCAGCCUGUGCUCAUCGACGAAUGGGGCGUCACUCUCCAGCCUCUCCAGCACGGCGCAUUUUAUUACCUGGUUUGGAAGGAAGAAAUAUGUGGAGGAGGACGGAAUGGGAUUUAA